UACAACUUUCGUUGAAGCGCGUGUAGACGUUUUCUGAAUAUGAAGAUGCUCCGUGUCCUACUGCUCGUUGCUACAAUCAUUGCAUUGGAAGGCCAGGGUGAUGCACAAUUUUUUAAACGAUUUGAUUAUAAUCCUGUUUAUACACCAUCUGAUGCUGUAGCAUUUUGGCCGCUUAAUGAAGAAUACGAACUUGAUGACGAAUCUGGUAAUGGUAAUGAUGCAACUGACCCUUGGGGGAAUGUAACGCUGGUGGCACCAGCCAACGGGAGACAAUGCGGCGCUUAUGAAUUCCGUGGUAACCCCAGCUCGUAUUUAUUUUUUCCAAACAACGGUGCAUACGACACAUCAAAAACAACAAAGUCCAUCACUAUCAUGGCUUGGAUUUAUCCGUACGGUAAUGCGGGUCCUAUUUUCUACUUCGAUCCAAAUAAAACGGAUACAGCUGUUGAAUUGUCACAAGUGGUAGAUAAUAUGGGAGGGUUGUCUGCAAGCGUUAAAUUUACCAAACACAACGGAACUCAGGUAACGCCUUUAACGACAUCCAUACCUUUGAAUGAAUGGUAUCAUUGGACUGUUAUGUACAAUGAUGACAUUAACAAUGGGUAUGUGUACAUAAAUGGGAUUGAAAUGGCAUGGUCAAAUUAUGAUCCAGGAAAACUAGCAACUCAAUAUCCAGCACAAGCCGGUGCAGCACUAUUUCCUCAAGCAUGGUUUAAUGGUUUUAUAACUUGUAUACAAAUUUACGAUAGAACAUUGACUGAAGCUGAAAUUAAGGCAGCCGCGUAUCACCCCAAAUGCGUAUGUUCUGGUAAGAAACAUGACCCUCACUUAACCACUUUAGAUGGGCGUGAUUACAGUUUCCAAGGCAUGUGUUGGUAUACACUUGUAAAGGACUGCUCCAGCGCAAACUCCCAGUUUGAAAUCACCACUGAUUUUGCACCACGAGACGAUACCAGUGAUGAAAUUAGAACAAGAGCUGUUGCCAUCAAUGUUACAGUUGGAGAUGAAAGCGUUGUCGUUAAUCAGGACAAUGUUGCAAGUGUGAGUGAUGGUAGUCUUAAAAAUAUAAACAUCGUACAUGACGGCGCCAAGGCAAUAUUGAGUUUCAAGCUGAAAGACACAACAUUCAAGUUACUCUGGACUGGAAAGAAACACAUGUUUAGUAUUGAGUUCAUUGGUGAUUAUUAUCGCGGAAAGAUGUGCGGUCUGCUUGGUAAUGCUGACGGUGAUGCUAAAAAUGACUUCCAGAAACCCGAUGGUGUUAUUGUAAAGGAUGUUAUUGAGUUCGGAGAGAGUUGGAAAGUUCCUGGCAAACAAUGUUAAUGUACACCACUGACAGUCAACAGAUGGUUACUGAUCGUUCUCUAUGAAUAAUACAAAUCAAGCUUAGUGUCGCAUAAACGCAUAAUUAAUUAAAGAAGUGGGUUUGGUUGUUGGGUGAAUAGUAUCAGUUUUCUCUUUAUUAGUACAAUAAAUGGCUUGCAAAAGGAAAGAA